AAAACUUUUAGUUCGGCAAAAUUAAUCGAAUGCGUCAGCCAGUCUUCCCAAGUGUGGACAUAGUGUCAUAGUUCCGAGUUUUUUUUUGGAUUAAACAUUCCUAAAUGAUGUCCCACUUUGAAAGGCUCCAAAAAUACGACAUGGCGUACGAAGACAGUUGUGAUUCAGGAUUCGAACUAUCAUUCAAAUCUGAAUCGUCCGAAUUCACCGACGAUCGCUCCGACUAUUUCGACUACGAGUCGCCGCACAAGAUCAAGAAGGAAACCAACUUAAACCAAGAGCUUUACGACAAAUUCAACUCGGCCUUCCAUAGCAGUUUGGUGGAAUUAAACAGAAGACCGGAACAAGUGCAACAACAUGAACGCGACUGGAACAAUGUAUCGUGUAGGAGAAACUUAUUUGGAAAAGACGAGGAAAUGGAGUUUUUCUAUCCGUUGUGUGACGACCCGUCGAAAACAUCGACACCGACCAAGAGCAAUACGGGCAAAGAAGCGAAGGUGAAGAGAAAGUACGCCACGGGAAGGAACCGAGUGACGAGGGCAAAGAGUCCGACGCAAAUAAUGAAGAUCAAACGAGUGCGACGGCUCAAAGCCAACGACAGGGAAAGGAACAGGAUGCACAUGUUAAACGAAGCCUUGGAUAGGCUUAGAUGCGUUUUGCCGACGUUUCCUGAAGACACAAAACUGACCAAGAUUGAAACAUUGCGCUUCGCUCACAACUACAUCUAUGCCUUAUCUCAAGCCCUGAACGAUGUGGAGGAGUACAGCAAUCCAAACAGUGAUAGUGUUAUUGUGAAUGUUGGAAAUGUUGUGGUUUCUAUUAGUAAAUAUGGUAACAGCAUUACUUCUAGAAAUUUUGAACAGAGUAUGUCAAAUGCUGUUGUUACUAGUGGAAGCAUUUCAAAUGCCAGUUUCAUGGCUGAUUACAACAUGCCUUCUGCUAUGUCUAGUCCCAGUAGUGAUAACCAAAGUCAAUAUGAAUAUCCAACUGAAGUCAAUACAAAUACAUAUGCACAUAGUAGCAACUACACAUCGAAUUUUAGUCAAACUAACUACUACAACAAUAAUGUAAUGUACAACUAUUCUAGUUAUACUCGGGGAUAAUUCAUAAUUUUUAAAUUCUAAAAAUUUGGAACUUCCAUAAUUGUAAAGCCUUAUUAGAGUAGAAUAAAAUAACUUGUUUGCAAUAUAUGUAAACUAAUCUUAAUCAGAUCGAAUAUUGAUUUGAACUGAUUUGAAUAAGAUUGGUACGUGGUUAAUAUUUUUGUACAAACGGAUUCUAGUCAUAAAGUGUAAUCUUAAAAACCUAUAAAAUGUGAUGUUAUAUUUUUAUA